CUUCCCCUUUAGUUAGCACUGAAGAGGCACCAGGCUGAGGAGAGGCUAAGUCUUCGGCACCUUGGGGUCUGCUGAAGAGAGACUGUCGGCUUUGUGUUCCGGUGUCUCUGAACUAUGGGAAGCUGGUGCCUACCCAUGCUCUCAGCCCUUGGCGUCUUGCUGGCUGUGUCAGGAUGGGAAGUAACAAAUUCUAAAGCUCCCUGUCCCCACUGCCAUGUCUACGCUGACUGCCACAACACCACCCACUGCAUCUGUAAGCCUGGAUUCCAGCCCACAUCUGGCCCAGGCCCCUUCAUCUGGCCCCAGGAGGCAUGCGAAGACAUCGAUGAGUGCCAGACGCAGCAGGUGCGCUGCAGGAAAAAAUCUUACUGCAAGAACAAGAUUGGGAGCUACCUCUGCAGCUGCGUGGUAGCGAUGCCUUGGCUCAACUGGGUGGCCAGCAUAAUUGACAUCGAACAUCCACAGUGUUACAAUGAACUGUCCCCAGGCCACACGGAAGGGGAAACGGUUCCACAGCAGGAAGACCAGGGCACAGAGACAGGAGGAACGGCUACGCCUCAAGUGAAUAUUUGGAGAGCUAUGGGUAAAAACGGAAACAGAAAAGACUUUGCGAAGAAUGUCACCCAAAUGCUUCGGCGUGUAGAAUUCUUCAUAUGGAAUCAAAGUUCUGAUUUUCCAACAAAAGGAGAAUAUCCAGAGCUUGAUAUAGUCUAUGAAACCAAGAGAUGCGACCAGAAGACUGUUCUGGCAGCUGGAAACAACACAAUGGACAUCGACUGCGCCAGCACCCUCACGGGAUCUGGAAGGGAAGGUGCCGGUAAGGUGGCUCUCAUCACUUACCAGACUCUCGGGAACUUUCUGAACGAAUCCUUCUUCCAUCACAGAAAAGGGAUGCGGGGAGUCAGGCUGAACUCUCAGGUCGUGACUGGCACCAUUGGCUCAGAAGGCAAAGUCCACCUGUCAGACCCCGCACUGCUGACUUUUCAACACACUCAGCAUGGCACCCUGAGAAGAAAGUGCUUGUGUGUGUCCUGGGAAGGAUCCAAGGAAGGGGGCAGCUGGUCCACCGAAGGCUGCUCUCCAGUGAAAAGUAACGAUUCUUACACCACGUGCAAGUGCUACCACCUGUCCAGCUUUGCUGUCCUCAUGGCACUGGCCCCCAAGGCAGACUUCGCCCUGUCUGUGAUCACCUGCGUGGGGCUGAGCGUAUCGCUGCUGUGUCUCCUCCUGGCGGCCCUCACCUUCGUCCUGUGCCGGCCCAUCCACAACACGGGCACCACGCUCCACCUGCAGCUCUCUGUCUGCCUCUUCCUGGCACACUUGCUUUUCCUCACGGGCAUCAACCGAACUGAGCCGGAGACGCUGUGCGCCAUCAUAGCAGGGGUGUUACAUUACCUCUACUUGGCCUCCUUCAUGUGGAUGCUUCUAGAAGGCCUCCACCUCUUCCUCACCGUCAGGAACCUUAAGGUGGCCAACUACACCACCACAGGCCGAUUCAAGAAGAGGUUCAUGUACCCUCUGGGCUAUGGAAUCCCAGCUGGCAUCGUGGCCGUGUCUGCAGCAGUUGGACCUAAGAAUUAUGGAACCUUUACCCACUGCUGGCUCAACCUUGAUAAAGGAUUUAUCUGGAGCUUCAUAGGACCCGUGGCAGUCAUUAUCUUGAUAAACUCGGUGUUCUAUUGCCAAAUUCUGUGGAUUCUGAGAAGCAAAAUUGCCUCCCUCAAUAAAGAAGUGUCUACCCUUCAGGACACCAGAGUCAUGACAUUGAAAGCCAUUUCGCAGCUCUUCAUCCUGGGCUGCUCGUGGAGCCUUGGUUUUUUCAUGGUGGAGGAAGUAGGGGAGGUGGUUGGCUCGGUCAUGGCCUACUUGUUCACCAUCACCAACGUCCUGCAGGGGGUGUGGCUCUUCGUGGUGCACUGCCUGCUGAACCGCCAGGUGCGGAUGGAAUACAGGAAGUGGUUUAGUGGAAUGCGGAAAGGGGCUGAGGCUGAGAGCACCGAGAUGUCCCAUUCCACCACCCACACCAAAAUGUAGGGGGACCCCGGGAAGUCAUUGGAGUCCAUUCAUGGAGAAGAUACUUGUGUGCCGCUGGCUCCCUCUGGUGGUUGUUGGUGGAUUGUGCUAAUGUGCCUUUCUCGUGAAACACCCAGACUUCCAGCAGCAGGCUGGAAGACCAUUUUUAUCAGUUAUUAAUGCAUUUUACUGUAUAUAGUUUCUCUGUGAUAUUUUCCAUUCAUUUUUAUGUAUCAUGCUUUGAUCAAGCCUUCCAUCCAUUCAUCUCCUCCCCCGCCCUCUCCCCACCCCACCCCCUGCGUUUCUCCUUUCCUUCUCCCCAUCCUUUGCUUCCAGUCACCUUCUUCAACUCUAAUAAUUUUUUUUUUGGCCUGUCAUGGGGCUUGAACUCUGGGCCUGGGCACUGUCCCUC